AUGGGUACUUGUCAUAAUUCUUGUGGUUUCUCUUCAAACUCGGUUCUUGUGAUUUCACAGAAUCUGACAUGCAAUUCUGAUGACCUAAGAGGAUUAAGGGGUUUCAUAAAUGGAUUGGAAUCCCCAAUUGUUGGAUGGUGGCCAACAACUUCAUCAUCUUUAUCGUCUUUCAAUUGCUGCAAUUGGAUCGGUAUCACUUGUAAUUCCUCUUCUGGUAGGAUUGUAGGAUUAGAACUCCCUGAGAAAAGAUUAACAGGAAGCUUCUCCGAUUCAUUUUCUAAUUUAGAUCAGCUUAGAACCCUCAAUCUUUCACACAAUUACCUUAAAGGCCCUCUUCCACUUUCGCUUUUUCAUCUUCCCCAUUUGGAAGUAGUUGAUUUGAGUAGUAAUCGAUUAAACAGGGUUUUACCAAGUAACAUAAACCUACCUGCACUUCAAGUUUUAGACCUCUCUGAUAAUUCCUUCAUGGGUUUCCUUCCAUCCCUGUUAUGUGUUAACUCCACCGGAAUUGGAAUUCGUGUUCUUAGAUUUGGUAUGAAUUACUUCAAUGGAACUAUUUCACCCCAAUUCCAGAAUUGCCCUUCUCUUGAACAUCUGGACGUGGCGUUCAAUUAUCUCUCAGGCGUUAUACCAAAGUUCUUAUUCAGGUUACCUAAAUUGAUGGAAUUGGAACUCCAAGGUAACAUGUUCAUGGGAAUCGAGGGAAUUGGUAAUUCCUCAAGUCAUCUUGUUCGUUUGGAUAUUUCGUCUAACAGGCUCUUAGGAAAUUUACCCGAUUUCUUCCAUAGCUUUCCGAACUUAAGCUAUUUCUCAGCUCGUUCCAACAAUCUGUCGGGUGAAAUACCUCCAUCGUUGUCAAAUUCACAGUCGAUUUCUACCAUCAGUUUGAGAAACAACUCUUUAAAUGGUUCGAUCGAUUUUAACUGUUCUGUGAUGGUUAAUCUUACCUCACUUGAUCUGGGCUCGAAUAGCUUUUCAGGCACAGUACCUGCAAACCUUGCGUCUUGCCAAAAGUUAAAAUAUUUAAAUCUCGCAAGGAACAAACUCAUAGGCGAAAUCCCAGAAGCUUUCAAGAAUUUUCCUUCUCUUUCUUACCUUUCGCUUUCCAAUUGUAGCCUCAAUAAUCUGUCAACCACUCUUAAAGUCCUCCAACACUGCCCAAAUCUAACUUUUUUAAUUCUCACCAUGAACUUUCAUACCGAACAGCUCCCGCCUGAUAAUCAUCUCCAGUUCAAAGCACUCAAGGCUCUCGUAAUCGCCAAUUGCAGGCUCACAGGUAGCAUUCCGCCAUGGAUGAACGGUUUAACACGGUUGCAGUUACUUAAUUUGUCAUGGAACCGCUUGACCGGUUCAAUUCCGGCGUAUCUGGGUGAUUUGAAGUCUCUUUUUUACUUGGAUUUAUCGAACAAUUCCUUGUCGGGAGAGAUUCCCAAAAGUCUGACACAGCUACAGAGUCUGAUUUCACGAGAUAUCUCAUUAGAAGAGCAGUCACCAGAUUUCCCGUUCUUCAAAAGAAGAAACACGGGCUUUAGACGAGAUAUGAUGCUCUUUCCACCCUCAAUUGACCUAAGCAGUAAUCUCCUCUCCCACGAAAUCCCGCCGGAAUUUGGCAACUUGAAAAAACUACACAUUUUGGAUCUGAAACACAAUCAUUUAUCAGACUCAAGCUUCGAGGGAAAUCCCGGUUUAUGUUACCUUGAGCGUCCGAUUUACACUUGUGACACCAGAACUUCGAUCCCUGUACCAUCAAUUAAGAAAUCAGAAGAAUUCAAGCUCCCACUUAUUUUGCCUGUGUUCACUGGGUUUGGAACUGGUUUCCUUGUCACCAUCAUCAUAUUGCUUGUUCUUCCUGCAAUUAAAGAAAUACAAUGA